UAGCCAUGGUUACCGGACGCGGAGCGCCGCUCGAGCCGGUCUCGAGCCCGGUGCAAAGGUGGCGAGAAGCGGAGCUCGCUUGCGGCCAUGACUGACAUCUUGUGCGACUGGCUGAACAGAGAAGUGAAACUCUCCCGGGUCGUGGAUCAAGAAUCUUUUCCUAGAGAAUUUGCCUCUGGAUACCUCAUUGGAGAACUUCUACAUAAGUAUGAACUUCAGGAUGACUUUGACCAGUUUUCGCAAGGCAGGGUUGCCAAUGCCAAGCUUAACAAUUUCUCCCGCAUGGAGCCCACCCUACAACUCUUGGGUGUGCAGUUUGAUCAAAAUGUGGCUCGAAACAUCAUGACUGAGCAGCGUGGGGCUGCCACCAAGCUAGUGUACCAGCUGUAUGUGGCUCUGGAGAAGAAGAAGAAAGCCGGACUCACUGGAGUAGCCAUGGAUGCCAUGAGGCCUUCGGCUCCUGCGAAGCUCAAGAGAGUUGGGACAGAGAUGUAUCGAGAGCGCCUGAAAACCUUGGUGCCGCGUCAAGCAGACCUGUCUCUCCAGCAGAUUUCAGACAACUUCCAGAACAAAGCCAAGGACAUGGACAAUAAGAAAAAUCAGAUGCAACUUAUGGAGCAACAGAAAGCCAAGAAAUUGCAAGAGGAGAGAAAAAUUAAAGACAUGGAAAAGAAAGUUGUGGAGAGAAGGCGGCAACAUGAAAUAAUGGCUAAGAUUCAAGCGGCAAUCAUCCAGAUUCCAAAACCAUUGCCUCAGCACACCAUGCAGGCAAUUGAAGCCCAGAAAUUGCUGAGAAAGAAAAGGGAGGCAGAAAGCACGUACACAGAAAUCCGGAAGUUUGAACAGCAGAUGAGGAAAGAGACAUCCAUGCCCACCAUCACCAAACUCAAUGACAGCAUGGUGCAGAUGGUGUUGCAAACAAAAGAUAUGGAUGCUGUGGCUCCAAAGAUCACGCAGCUGCUAAAUACCUACUCGGAUGAUGAAUACAUACGGAAAAUUCAGAAACGGCUCGAGGAAAACACUUUUGCUCGUGAGCAGCGGGAGAAAAGGCGAAGGAAGAUGCUACAAGAGCAGCUGGUAGCCCAUGAAGCACAAGAAGAUGCCUACAGAGAGGAGCAGCUGAUCAACCGGCUGAUGAGACAGUCUCAGCAGGAGCGCAGAAUUGCUGUGCAGCUGAUGCACGUGCGGCAUGAGAAAGCAGUCUUAUGGCAGAACAGAAUAUACAGAGAAAAACAGUUUGAGGAAAGGCGCCUGAAAGAAUUCCAAGAAGCCCUUGACAGAGAGGCGGCUCUUGCAAAACAAGAGAAAAUUGAGCUUGAGGAUCAAGCCCUUCAUGAGAAACAGCUGCAUGCCAAACUUGCCGCUGAAAGAGCCGAGGCUCGCUAUAAGAAGCAUUAUUCUGUUUGUUGGGAAGUGGUUGAACAAAUCAUUGAUUUAGCGACCAAAAUCGGAGAGUACCGAAUGCUGACGAACAACUUAAUCCCAGCAAAGCUGAUGCGUGACUGGAAGGAACUGUUCUUAAAAGGGUUACCCGUUUACGAGCAAGCCGUGAUCGACCCUUUGCCAACGGACCCCACUCCUCAACAGAUUGUAGAACUGGACAAAAUGAAUUUUCUAGAUGAAAAAGAUUAUGAUGAAUAUAAGGUACUCCCCGCUGACACGGCUUAGUGGAAGAACAAAAAGCAUGCUUGUAAAAAAACCCGUUGCUCGUGACUGCCGCCUGUUGUCCAGGAUGCUGUAUAGGUUUGAUUCAUGAUUUAUUACUAGAAUUUUAAUGCGCAUUUUCACAUGGUUCAAUGUACUUCAUUCAUAUUCUGUUUUUCUGGGAAUAGAUGGUGCUUCAGGUAACUGCCAUUUUGGAAGGCUGUUCCAUCAUCCUUUAAACGUUUUUUGUUGUUCAGCCCAAAGUACAGUAAUGACGGUAUGUAAGACCAUCAAAUAAGACGAUAAAAGAGUGCUACUGUUUAAGCAAAUGUUAAACUGUAGUACAUUCCAUUGUGCCAGAAAAUGUAACAUAAAGGAUUCUGCAAAACUGAAUGCAAAAUAAACACUGUCUCCCCAA